AUGAGUUAUGAUGAUAUUCUGCAAGCCAUCGGCUAUGGUAAAUUCCAUUAUAUUCUACUGCUAGUUUGCGGUUUAGCUGUAGCAGCAGAUGCUGUAGAAAUUCAAGCCAUUAGCUUUGUUCUACCCUCUGCUUGCGACUUAAAACUCAACGAUAUCGAAAAAGGCUGGUUAACAGCUAUUAUCUUUAUUGGCAUGAUGGUUGGUGGUUACGUUUGGGGCGGCUUAGCCGAUGUCCAAGGAAGACGAAAUAUCUUACGCUAUGCUCUCUUUGUCAAUGGUUUAUUUGGAUUAAUUUCCGCUUUCUCGCCAAACUUUGGAUUCUUUGCUUUUUGUCGAUUUAUGAGUGGACUAGGUGUUGGUGGCUCGAUGCCGGUCGUCUUUUCCUACUUUACAGAAUUUCAACCUAGAUCUCAUCGUGGGUCUAUGAUAACUAUAUUGGCCUGUUUUUGGAUGCUAGGUACUAUUAUCGCUGCAGGUUUAGCAUGGCUCAUUAUUCCUCAUGAUAUCGGUGGCCCACUGGGUUCGAUUUUCUUCGGUAGUUGGAGGAUAUUUCUCUGUAUAGCUACGUUUCCUUGUUUCACAGUUGCGUUAGCUUUACUUUUCCUUCCUGAAAGUCCAAGAUUUUACCUUGAGGUUGGUGAACGCCGUAAAGCGAUCAAGAGUUUGCAAACUGUUGAAAGAUUUAAUAGGGGUGCUCUUAGAUCAACCUUACAUGUAAGUCACAUUGUUGCCAUAAGAGAUGGAAAGAUAGUAUCUACGUAUUAUACAGUUUUACAAGCAUCGAAGGAACUUUUUUAUCAACCUUACUUAAGAAGAACCCUAAUUUUGUUUAAUAUUUGGUUUACAUUUUCAUUCGGCUAUUAUGGUCUGUCUUUAUGGUUUCCAGAAUUGUUCAAAAAAUUUGCUGACGGAAGCACCUGUUCAAACCGAAUGCUCAAUGCCAACAAUACUGAAAUUUACUUUGAAUCAUUUUUGACGUCGAUUUCAACUUUACCUGGAAAUCUCAUAACAGUCCUAUUAAUAGAUAGGAUCGGUAGAAAAAUUAUCUUAGCCUGUUCUAUGGGUAGCUCUGGAGUAGCAGUUUUUUUUAUCUGGUUGGUAAAUCGAAAGCAGGAUACAGUAAUAUUGUCAUGCGUAUUUAGCGGAUUAUCGAUUGGUGGAUGGAAUGCUCUUGACGUCUUAGGCCCUGAAUUAUAUCCUACACAUUUAAGAUCGACAGCAUUUGGCCUACAGUCAGUUCUGGGUAGAAUAGCGUCCGUUCUAGGAAACUUACUUUUCGCUCAGCUAAUCGAUGUUGAUUGUGCUAUACCGAUUUUACUGGUUUCAGCUUGCUUGGGUUGGGGAGCUAUUUCAGCCAUUUGGCUGCCCAACACA